GAAUUUAUUAAAGAGGAGACUGACAGCUCUCAACCCCCUUCAUCAUGAUCCAUUGACGUUUCCUCUAUCAAUUCGGCGGCCUUACGCCCCCACUGAUUCCCCUUUCCCGUCGCCAGUGAAAUCGAAGCGAUAGAAGGUUGUUCUCGUCUCCGAUCGCUAUGCAACCUGAAGUUUCAUCGCAGUGGCGUGAGAAAGCGUCCGGCUUUUUCUCUUCCUCAGGAGUGAGGCUUAAGCAAGCUGGGCAAUCAGCUGGGAGUUUGGCCAAAAACGCAGGGGUGAACGUUGCAGAUGUGGCGGGGAAAGUUGGGUCGUUGUUGAAGAAUAGGUGGACUCUCAUACAACAAUCAAGCGAGCAGCAGAAUCCAACUGCAUCUGGAGAGAGCAUUCAGCAGCGCUUCCGCUCUGCUGCUACUUCCACGGGAGAACUUCUGAGAAAGGGUAUAGCAGAGACUAAAGAGAAGGCUGUAAUUGGGAAGUUGAAGGUUGAAGAGGCAGCUAAGAAGACUACGGGCCAUAGUAAGAACAUUUUAAACAACAUUGAACGCUGGCAAAAGGGAGUUGCAAGUACUGAUGUGUUUGGGGUUCCACUUGAAGUAACUGUGCAAAGACAGCAGUCAUCAAAGCCAGUUCCUUAUAUAUUAGUUAGAUGUGCAGAAUCUCUCAUUACAUCAGGAUUAAACUCAGAGUACUUGUUUAAAACUGAAGGAGAUAGGAAAGUUGUCCGCCAAUUAAUUACACUUUACAACCAAGACUGGAAUGCAUCUUUACCAGAGGCUACAAAGCCAGUUGAUGUGGCUGCUUUAAUCAAGUGCUAUCUUGCCAGCCUCCCGGAGCCACUUGCUACAUUUGCCUUGUAUCAGGAAAUUAGAGAUGCAAGGAAUGGCGUCCGUGAGCUCAGAGAUGUUUUGAAGAAGCUUCCAAAUGUAAAUUACAUGACACUAGAAUUUACAACUUCUUUGCUGCUCCAAGUUAGCCAGAAGUCAUUGGUUAACAAGAUGGAUGCUCAUAGUCUGUCAGUGGAGAUCGCACCUGUGAUUUUGCAUCUAAAAGGUGAUACAAGAGCAGAUAUCUACAAUCAUUUCUUCUAUACAUCUAAAGAUCCUUCGGCAACCAUGGAGCAGGCUUUGAACCAGAACACUUUGGUUGACUAUUUGGAUGAGGAUGACAAUGAUGAUGUGUCUUCACAAAUCCCGUUGGAUGAUGUUUUGCCACCUGAUUAUGGUGCUAUUGAAGUGAUUCAGUGCCUCAUUGAACAUCACAAUGCUAUAUUCACAGAUGCAAAUGAGACAACAUGGAGAUGAUUCUGUUUGAACACUCAAUAACUUAAUGAGAUUUUUGCCUCAUGUAAAAUCUAUCCUUCUCGUUCAGAUUGAUGAUUGGAAAGAUUAGCCUUGGUAUAGAAUUACAAAAAGGGUUGGAGUAUGUUUUAGAUUUACACAAAGCCUUUAUACAGUGCAGCUGAACCCUAGGAGAAUCCAAAAAAGAUUCAGUUCUAUCUCUUCAUGGAUUAUAGAUUGUAUUUCUAUAGACACUGUACACUCGUUCACAAUUUUUCUCUCUCCAGAGUUUUAAAGAGAAUAAUGUCAAUGGUUUUGUGGUAAUGUUGAUCAGUGAAGGAAAUAAUGUGAACAAAUUAUACAGUAUGUUAAUCAGGUUCACCGAAGCUUGAACUUCA